AUGUUUUUGUUUAUUGUAGUGGGAUUGUUGUUAUACAGCGUUGCUACAGCCGCCGACUACGAAAAAUGCUGUGCCUGGAAAAGUAGUUUGUACUUAAACAACAGUACCUUUGAGUGUAAAGUGGACAACAACACAAGAUUGACUUUUUUGAGUGAAAAAUACGACUACAUCUCGAAAAAUACAGAUGGUUAUUGUGUGGACGGUGCCAAAGACUUCACCCUGUACAACAUCAAAAACAACGUGAUAGCAAAGAGUAAAGUAAUACAGGAAUACUUCCCCAAAUGCUGUCCUUUAAACUACAAGUUUGACACAAUCAAACAUUAUUGUGUUUUCCAAAAACCACAAAAUCAACAGUUCAUUGAAUCGAAGUACAUAAAAAUCGGUUUACCGCAGUGUCACUUUAUUGUGGACCACAAAAUAAACUCAACAGAAGACUAUAAAAUCGAAGAGGAUGGUAUCCACUUAAAACAAAAUAAUUCGAGAUUCAGAACAAAGAAUUAUUGCGUGGAGGAAACCACUGACAAUAAAUUUAUGGUAAGAGUUUGUCAGGAAAAGGACGACAUCUGUAAAUCUACAAGAUGCAUACGUAAAUGUUGCCCGGAUGGUCAAAGUUUUGUUGGUGGAAAUUCAUGCAUGGAUACGUACGAUAAAGGAGUGGAUUUGGCGCACAAUCCCAAUAUUAUGGAUCCAACAGUGAAUUUUUCAAUAUUAACGUUCAGAGGUGAAUGUAAAGAAAUAAAUAUUUGGAAACAGGAUAGGUACAAUUUCUCUCUAGAUGACAACGGUACCGUCAAGUGGGUCCAGACGGUAACCAAUACUACCCAGGUGGAGAGUUUCGCGAACUCUACGUUCUGCAUUGAGUAUGUACAGGGUGCACCAGUAUCCAGCAAUAUUACCAACGGGUAUAACCUUUUUAAAUGUAAGGAAAAACCCGCUUCUGAGGGUUCUGCAGGUACCACCCCCGAGGAUGGUAUUAAUAAGUUCAACGCCACAAUAUGGGCGAAAGUGGCGUCGAUAAUAUUUUUGACGAUCACGAUCAUAAUUUAUUUCAUCACCAACGAAGUCAGAAACGUUUUUGGCAAGGUAUUGGUAAACUAUUGCUUGUCGAUACUGAUUUUGUUCUCGUUACUGCUUUAUAACACGUGGUAUGGAACGGACUUACCUCAUUUUACUUGUGUUAUUUUUGGAUAUACAUUAAUUUACUUUAGCACAUCGCUGUUCACAUGGAUGAAUGUCUGCUGUUUUGACAUUUGGUAUAAUAUUGGAAGGUAUCAUGUGAACCUGCCAACAAGACAGCUACCUAUUUUAAGGUGGUCCACAUCGAUAUCUGAAAGAGGCCAAACAAGAAGAAACAUAAAAAAAAUGUUGCUGUAUCUUUUGUAUGGCUGGGGAGUUCCGCUUUUCCUUAUAAUUUUGAUUUUAAUAUUCAAUCAAACGAAUGCUCUUCCUCUUGCAAUACAUCCAUUUAUCGGUUUUCGAAAAUGUUACCUGGAUAAUACACUACCAGACAAUUACGCCAGUAUAGUGUUCAAAGAAGUUCCCCACUUAAUGUUGGAAAUAAUCAACACAGUUCUAUUUAUCAAGACAAUAAUAUAUUGUAUUAAAGUUAAAAACGAAAUUAAUAGAAUGAACGAUACAAGCGCUUCUAUUAGAAGUAGGAUGACUAAAGUAUUCUAUAGUUAGCAUUUUUAGGUUAAACCUGAUCACAAAACUGUCGGUCAUCAUGGGAUUAUUUUUUGUGUUCGAAGUCAUAUCGGCUUACUUUAAUAUGUCAAAACAUCCGGUAACUAAAUACAUAGAAGUGGUUUGGGAUACAAUAAACUGUUUACAAGGUGUAUUUGUAUUUAUUAUAUUUAUCUGCAAAAAACGAAUUUGGAUGGAAUUAAGAAAGAAACUGUAUGUUCCAAUUGCAUUGAGAAAAAUAUCAGCCUCAUCUUCUAAAUCAACUGAUUCGGAAUAUGUUAAUGAAACACCCAAUGUAUCAAAAAAAGAACAAAUCCACUUAUCUAAAUUGUAA